AAGAUGCAGGCAAACAUGGCAGCUACUACCGACAGCAACAUGAACAUCUCAGCGUCUAUCGCAGGCAUUUUGAACGAGGAACACUGCCCGGAACACUUGCAGGUUUUAAAAACAUUCACGACCGCGUUACGGGACAAGGAAUACAGGGAUACUGUGGAAGAGGAGGCGUUCUCCAGCCUUCUGAAAGUCUUGUCCCGACUGUGUGAUGAGCUUCAGGCUGCCAGCUGUGACAAUCAGGACCUGCAGUCCAUCACCCUGCAGCUGCAGCUGACCGCUGAGUGCUUCAGGGCUCAGAGGAACGCCUGUGUCCAGAGCACUCGCAACCAAAGUCUGCUCAGGGAGCUUGGUUUCAUUGAUAUAUCCUUUAAACUCCUGAGCCUCCUUCAGACCACACGUCUGGAGAGCAGAGAUAGCAUAUUUGAACCUCUUCGUUGUGGGAUCCAGUUCCUCGGUAACUUAUCGGUUGGAAACCAGAUGUGUAAAGAUGACAUUUGGCGGCUGAGCUUCCCAAAUCUUUUCCUGCAGCUGCUCAGUGUUGAUGAUGAGAAGGCGGUGAACUACGCCUCUAUGGUACUCCACACAUGUCUGGAUGAAGCCAAGGUGGAAGAACUGUCUGAUCCACAGAACAUCCAGCUUGCACUCAGGGUGAUGGAGCUCUGUAGGACUCAACCCGACCUGGACUGGACGGUUAUCAUUGCUACCCAGUAUUUCCUCAAGUGCUCAGCUCUGGUGGAGAGCAUGUACUCUGGGAUGUCACACCAUGAAAGAGUUACCCUAUUAGAGCUGCUCAUUGCCCAGCUACAAGAGGAACACUCUAGGGACUGUGGCAUCCCUCCCAGUGUGGCUUCCUUCCUGGCUAGUUCCUUCCACACAGGUUGCGGAGCUGUGCUGACUCUCGCCACUGGCUCCGCCUCCAGUGAUGAGGUCCUGCAGGAGGCACUGACAGUGAUUAGCCUGCUGGAUGUGCUGUGUGAGAUGACCUCAGACCACAGGCAGUUCAUGUUCCUCCAGGACCAUCCUGACCUUCUAGUGACCACUGUUGCACUCCUGGAGCAGGUGCAUGCUAUAGGGAAGGCCAGUAAGAAUAUUUUCAGUGCUGCUCAGAACUUCUCCGCAUUCGGUGAAGAUGGGGGCCCCUCCUCCCAUUCUCCUGUCAUCAGCUUCAAGGCCCACCUCAUCAGACUGAUAGGAAACCUCUGUUACGGCAACACCAACAACCAGAACAAGGUGAGAGAACUGGAAGGCAUCCCCCUCAUCUUGGACAACUGCAACGUUGACAGCAACAACCCAUUUAUCAGCCAGUGGGCCAUCUUCGCCAUCAGGAACCUCCUAGAACACAACAAGCAGAACCAGGAGCAGAUUGCCGCCCUGGAACGCCAAGGCAAUGCCGACUACUCUGCGCUGAGGGAGCUGGGUUUCCUGGUGGAGGAGCGAGACGGAAGCUUGCUGCUGAAAACUGUGAGGAAAGACUCUUGAACACCUUAGAGGAGCGGCCAGGAGAGAGGAGGCCCUUGACCCGUGAGCAGGUUUUCAUGUGAAGUAUUUAUUUAGAAAGGAUUAAAGUACAUGUGCACACGUAUACGCUUGUGUGAACAUAUACUGCUGUUGUGCUAGAUUAAUGUUAUUUAAUGCUUUAGCUUCAUCUGCAGGUCAAUUACCUGUUCAUAACUAAACACAUACAUUUUGUGCCUGUCCAGAAUAACUGACAGCCACACUGCCGAUAGACUACAUAGAAAAGCGCUUUAGAUUUAGAUAUUUCUAUAAGAGAGGUAUGUAUAAUUUACUUUCCUACCUCAGUAAUGCUUGCACUCAUGCCCAGAUGGGGCUCAUGGUAUUGUUGAUACACAAAAGGCCCAUGGGGUCCCCCUGGUAUAAAAACAGAGGUCAAGACAUCAGGAGCGCUUGUUUUGUCUUGACCCGAGUCUGGGAAAUGAAGAGUUUGGGAGAGGCGAGCACACGCUGGUACCUUUGGCAGAGCUGAUGCUUUGUGGUUUAAUCCAAAGACAAAGAGCACCACAGUGUCCGGGCUUUUCACUUUGCUUAGACACUGAUGGUACCAGCAGGGGUUGGGGUUUAAUCCCAGGCCCAUAGUGACUUCUGCAGUAACCAUGAAACAGAAUGACCAAAACAUGAUGUAAUCAACCCCCUCACCACCAUACCUACUUAAAUGGUGGUGUCGUUGCCAGAGGGACAAUUAAACACUUAAAAAAAACUUUAUCUAAACAGGCAUGAUAGUAUUAAUAUAAUCUAAGGAACUAAUAACUGACGCUAUGCAUGUUUUGUAAUUCAAAAACAUCUCUCAGUAUACAGCAUGAGCUUGUUGCUGGAUCUCUGCUUCUUGUUUUAAGGUUAUAAUAGUAAGGAGUUUCAUACUCAACAUAGUCUUAUAACUUCUUUAUCUUAUUCCUCAUCAUCUUAUGGCCAAAAUACAUAGGGCACGGAUGCAGCGUCUUUUUUUUUUUCUUUACAAAAGGCUUUGCAGCUCUCCAACAGGUAAAAACUACAUAGAACUGUAUAAAAAAAACCAACUACAGUCUGUUUUAAAAUGAUUACAAUAAAUACCUCAUUGUAUAUUGUAUUUCACAUCAAAAUAAAUCAAUCAAAUCAAUGCAUGUAGAUAAACCAAUCCAGUUAAUUAAUUCAGCACCAGUUGAUAUAGCCUAUAUGCUUCCAAACCCUCCAUAACCAACUGCAUUUUCACUUAGCAUAACUAAAUACAUACACAAUAAAGCUAGUCUGUGUAGCUUCUUGACAGGCUGCGUCCAUGCCCCAUGUGUUUUGGCUAUUAUUCUUAAGGGAACGAAUCAUCUGCAAAAUGACCAUUUGCAUAUUAAUUAUUCACUUUGUUACCUUGAAUUUGUGAGGAAACCUUUUUUCUUUCAUGCCUCCACAGUGAACGGAGAAUCCAAAAAAGGCAAACAUUCUUCAUGAAUGGGGUCCACAUUUAAUAACGACAUUACAUCAAAACAUCUGUUUACAAACUCUCGCACAACUCAUGUAGUAUAAUCGAAGUCAUGUGGUCAUAGUUGUAUGCUUAGUACUUCCCAAACACAUGCAUUUUUAGAAAUUGCAUUUCAUGAAAAAUGUCCGCCUUUUUUGGAUUCCCCAUUCACCAUGCGAGAAAAACGUGUUCUUCACAAAUUCAAGGUAAAAAUGGUUAUUUUGCUCGUGAAGUUUCCUUUUGAUCUUCUUUUUCCAUCCUAUUGCAUAGUACUGUAGAUAAAUAAGGGAUGGGGACCGAUGGCAUGCAUCAUAGAUCAUUAACCAUCUAGUUUUACACCUAAGACUGCUUCUCUUUGCUGUAUUUGACUUGAAUUUGACUUUCUUAGAGAUUUAGUAAAUAUUGUGCUUCCUUUUUAGCUGUAGCUGUGUGUUUGUGUUUGCAUGUGCUUCUUCUUUUGAUAAUAGUUUGUGCUUCUAGAUGAGUAGACGAUGGAUGAACGCAUGCUGAAAGUGUACGAAUAGUGAGUGAGUGAAUGAAUUAAUGAAUGAGUGAGUGAGUGAAUCAGACCAUAAGCAUUAGUUUGCAGAAUGACAUCCCUCCCUGCUCCUCCCGUUGCUGGAUAAGCUGAACAGUCCUGACACCUCAACAAUGCAGCGCUUUACUGGCCUGCCCACACCCUGCUCCACCCUGUUUGCACUGCCUCUGAUUUUUAAUGACAAAAUGUAUUGAAACAAUCGGCUGGACUCUCCCCUCAAUCCGCCGGCAUAGUAAAGGGAGCUUAUGCGGUUCCGGUCCCCAGGAUUUCAGACAGCUAACAAAACAGCUGUUACUUGCGCUCGACUGGCUGGCUGCAAUGCUUUUCAGCCCCACAGGAAAGAGGCUGUGCGAGUCAGCCGGGCUGAAUUAGGUGGCAUGGCCGCGGCCGCCUGUUCACCUCCUAACACAUUAGUACCACAUCAGUCAAGGCCAGGAGUUCUUGUGUUUCCCAUAUCAGCGUUUUAAACUACAGGCCUCUACUGUAUUGUAUCUGUGCCUUCUUGUUUGAUAUUCGCCUUCAGCAAAAAAAAACAUUGUCAGGGUGUAAAUUAUAUGCUACAUGUUUGGGUCAAAUAAUGUUCAUAUAAUGCUUAAUAAAAUAUUGUGUGUGACAAA